GGGGGGGAGGAAGAGGGAGGAAACCACCAAAGGCAACUUUCUCACCUUGCCGGGAAUAAAGCUCUGCCCAUGCUGCCCCAGUUGCCCACCCGUCCGCCGCGGGAGCGCCCUCCGACGGCCGAGGCUCCCCCCGCGGGGGGCAGAGCCGAGUAGGGGGCCGCCACUCGCCGCCGUCCCCUCGGUCCCUGCAGCCCGGAGCGGAGAGGAGCGGAGAGGGGCGGAGAGGGGCUGGCUCGAUGCUCCGGCCAUGGGGCGCGGGGCCCCCCUCGGACGGUGCCUGCUGCGGGCGGCGCUGCUGCUCGCCCUCUGCCCCGGCGCCGCCGGCGGCAUCUGGACGUGGCUGGGCAUCGCCGCCGCCGGCGGUCCGGAGAAAACGGGCUGCCCAAGCCCGCCGCUGAACCCCCGGCAGCAGGAGCUGUGCAGGGAGAAGCCGGAGCUGGUGCCAGCCAUCCGGGAGGGAGCGAGCCUCGGCCUCCGCGAGUGCCGCAGCCAGUUCCGACACGAGCGCUGGGACUGCCGCCCCCCGCCCGCAGCCUUCGGGCAGCAGCUGAGCAGCGGCACGAAGGAGACUGCGUUCAUACACGCGGUGACAGCAGCGGGCCUGGUGCAUGCCGUGACGCGGUCCUGCAGCGCGGGCAACGUGACCGAGUGCUCCUGCGACACCAGCCUACAGAGCGGUGGCUCGGCCAGCGAGGGCUGGCACUGGGGCGGCUGCUCAGACGACAUCCACUACGGGAUGUCAUUCAGCAGGAGGUUCCUGGAUGUGCCCGUGAAGAACGUAACAGGCAAGAGUGGGAGCGGGCUGGCGGCGAUGAACCGACACAACAACGAGGCUGGGAGGCAGGCUGUAGCAAAGCUGAUGUCAGUGGACUGCCGCUGUCAUGGUGUUUCUGGGUCCUGUGCCGUGAAGACGUGCUGGAAAACCAUGUCCUCCUUUGAGAAGAUUGGCCGUUUUUUAAAGGAUAAGUAUGAAAACAGCAUACAGAUAUCUGACAGACUGAAAAAAAAGUUACGCAGGAAAGAGAAAAGCCAGCGAAAAAUACCGAUCCAGAAGGAAGACCUGCUGUAUGUGAACAAAUCGCCCAAUUACUGCGUAGAAGAUCAAAAGCUGGGAAUCCCUGGGACUCAGGGGAGGGAAUGCAACCGCACAUCAGAGGGACCUGACGGCUGCAACCUCCUGUGCUGUGGGCGCGGGUACAACACUCAUGUGGUCAGGCACGUGGAAAGGUGCGACUGCAAGUUCAUCUGGUGCUGCUAUGUGCGCUGCCGGAGGUGUGAGACCAUGACCGACGUACAUACCUGCAAAUAAGAUUAAGCACAGAAAACGGAGCCAGAUCACCCUGCACUGUGUUGUACACAGAACUGCCACUCAAGCAGCAAUUGCUCUUACCAUGUGGGAUUACAGGGGAUCGGCCUCAGGGGGAAUGGGUACUGCCAAACCAGGGGCAGUCCAAACUUUUUGUGUACUGAGUGGAGAGCAGCCUGCACACAGGGGCAGCUAAAACAGCAAGAAAGGACUCCUGAUGGCACAUCUGAACUCCCCACUAGAGUUAAAAUCUUUCUAAGUCUUGAAUAGCUACAGUAUGAAGAUCAGUGUGGUCAGUAGGUACAUGAAGAAAACUCAAGGUUGUUAGCCGGAGAAUGCAGGACUAAGAGGCUUGUAAGACACAUCAGAUAGAUCCACUGGACAAUUCAUUUCUGCCGGCCUAACAAAAUAAAUAAAUAAAUAAAUAAAUAAGAGCCAAAACCAGUUACAGGUUACAGGAAAUGUUCAGCUGUUCACCAUGAAGCAUUUCCUUUGUGACUGUUUGAAAAGCUGUUUGCAUCAUAUUCAGAAAAGCAUCUGGUACCCAGAAAUUUGUGCCUGCAGAGGUGGGCACUGGUGGGAUGGGUGAGGAGGGUCCCUUGGCCUGAAAAGGGCUGUGUCUGGAGCAGCGGGACUAGAGCACAGUUUGGUGAAUGUGAAUGGUGUGCCAAAUAGCAACCUCAGGAUUUUGUGUAAGUUGUCUUUCAAAUGCACAAAGGACAGGUCUGAGGAGGGACUGAAAUACAGCUUGGUAUCUGAAGGAAAUAUAGCCCCUCACAGGUAUUUCCUCAGUACAUGAAUGCACAAUUUGCAAGUCAACCAGUCAUCACCCCACUGCUGGACUGCAAGUAUUAACCUGCCAUGUUCAACCAUCUUGCUGGUGGUUCACCACCAUUUUCACAAUUAACCAUUGAGAUUCAGCCCAAAGAAAUCUGUCAGAAAAUGAAAGAUUUUAAGAACAUUGAUUGCUUUCUCUUAUAUGAGCUAGAAAUUUUCAUUAAUGUCCUAAGUAAGUUCAAUGCACAAUGUAACUUAAGGGUUGGCUCACACCACUAAAAUAUUUACUGUUAUUGAUAACAUCUUCUGCCCUUCCAUAUGUUGGCUUAAUUUUAUUUUACAUCUGUGAAAGGUUGUUUAUUUUUAUGCAAUGAUAUAAUUCCUGGUUUAAAAAACAUCAUGUGAAAGGAUUUCUGUUGUUUAAAUGUGCAAAGAACUAUUUUUGAUAAGACAAGAAGGUUUAUAUUUUGUAAAUAUUUAAAUUAUGCAAGUUAUGUAAAAGGUUUCCAGAACAAAUCUGAUAAUAUUACAGCAUUUGACACUUGCUGAUUAGAUAUUUGUUACUAUUGUAAUAGUUUUUAAUUGAUUUUAUUUGCAUGUGCAGGGGGAACUUAUUCAGAGGAUUACAGAAAUGUUAUUUUUCUUACCGUCAGGAUGGUUAUAACUAUUGCAGUUAAUACUGAAGAGAAGUGACACACUGAAGAGAAGCACUUAUUUGGUGUUUUAAAUGAUCCUUUAAUUACUAUACCAUAUAGUUUUUUCUGUUCUUUUAAAUCCGUUUUGCGUACAGUGAAAUUCUGACUCCAGUGGUAAGCGGCAGUACUCCCACUGACAUCAAGGGAACUAGCUGAGGAUUGCAGUCCCUUAACUUGUUCCACACUGGCAGGCAGUUUUAAAAAAUAAAUCAGCUUAGAGGUUUUGGUUGAGGCUUUCAAAGUCACUUUUUUUUCAAAAGAUUCCCUGUCAUUCUUAAUUGGGUGUGCAGGUCAGGAGGAAGCAAAUAAAAUCUUCUGUGCCGUGGUACUUCGCUACCUUAUGUGGUAUAUCAGGAAUAGAAGAAGCCCUUUACCUGCUGGAGACUAUCCCUCCACUUCUGGCCCAACCUCUCUUCAUUGACUUAGCCAGAUAGGUUAGGUCAAUGAAGCCCCUAAGCCUAAAGCCCCCAGAUCUGCUAUUUAUGAAAAGGGUGCUCAGCAUGCCUGUUGCUGUCACAAGAGGAUUCAACAAUCUCCCUGUGAAAGCUUGGAUGGGGAGGACACAUUCUGGUGGAAGAACCUGAGGAGUCAUGAGCCCUUGGUUGUUGCCAUCUUCCAGAAAGUAACCCCACUAUCACUACAGACAAUGCCACAACGUGUCUGUGAGCCACAUGGAUGUGCAGCUGGUCGCUACAG